UAGGGGUCCCUAUUACCAUUUGCUCUGUCUUGAAAAAUUCAAUUUUUUCUUCAUUUCCUUACACAUUUAGCUAUGGAGAACUUGCUGGGUCUGCUCAGAAUUCAUGUUGAAAGAGGUGUCAAUCUUGCAAUCAGGGAUGUGGUGAGCAGUGAUCCUUAUGUUGUCAUCAAACUGGGCAAGCAGAACUAGAUUCUGCACUCUGGCACUCCAACUCAAUAACUUAAAUAUGGAUAUGCAGAAAACUUCAUGUAAGCUGAAGACUCGGGUGGUCAAGAAGAAUUUAAAUCCUGAAUGGAAUGAUGACUUGACCCUGUCUAUUUCAGAUCCUCAUGCUCCAAUCCAUCUUCAUGUGUAUGACAAGGACACAUUCAGCUUAGAUGACAAAAUGGGGGAUGCUGAUUUUUCCAUUGGUCCAUUCACUGAAGCAGUGAAGAUGCGCUUGACAGGUCUCCCCAACAAUACCAUAGUUACAAAAGUGUUACCUAGCAGACAAAACUGUUUGGCUGAAGAGAGUCACAUUGUGUGGAAGGAUGGCAAAGUUGUGCAAAACCUGGUUCUUAGACUAAGAAAUGUAGAGUGUGGGGAGGUGGAACUCCAGUUGCAUUGGAUUGACAUUCCUGGUUCAAGGCAUCUCUAGGUCACAGUCCAAGACUUGGCAUAUUGUAAAGUUUAGACUUGCAGCUUCAUAAACCAGCAACACCUUAUGUUUCAUAUUAUGCUACCCUUUUACUCUUUUGCACAACUUCAAAAUUGUUCAAUAUUGGCUUGCCAUCUAUGGUGUUGCAAUUAGUAGUAAUUAGUGAAGAAGAAUGGGAGAGGUUGUUUCCCUAGGUGUAGUUUAGAAUCAUCUCCCAGUACCGUGUAAUAAUGUGCAUGAAACUUAACAUAUAGAUUUUGUGCAUACUAUGUUAGUCGCUAGUCAUAUAUCAAUUUUUUCUAUAUCGAUUGUUUGGACA